AUGGACAAUGGAGCCGAGGUAUUUGCGAAGCUCCCAAAUCCAAAUGCUGGGCCUACGGGGUACACCACAGCUUCUGAGGUCGCUACACACGAGCUGCUACGUGAUGUUUUUAAUAUUCCUGUUCCACGAAUUCUUGCAUGGUCCUUCGACGCAGCAACUAACCCCGUCGAGGCGGAAUAUAUUGUUACAGAGAAGGCGCCAGGAGUCAGACUUGGCUCUGUCUGGAGCCAAUGGUCACAGGAAGCGAAGCUAAAACUCAUCCGACAAAUUGUCGACAUAGAGGAUAGGUUGACUACUAUAUCCUUUCCUCGACACGGUUGCAUCUAUUUCAAAGACGACCUUCGCUCAUUGGCUGGGUACGCAGAAGACAUUAAAAUCGAAUCCGCCGCUACUGAAUCCCUCGAGCGCUUUUCCAUCGGGCCACUAACGUCCUCUGAACUGUGGGAGGGUACUAGGAGAAAUAUGAGAUUAGACCGAGGUCCCUGGUGUGACCCACAGGAGUAUACACAAGCACUCGGUCGAAAUGAAAUUGCGUGGAUCGAAUCACACGCUUGCCCUCGAAUGAAUUAUUACAGGUCGGAUAAAGAGCAAGAGUUUCCUGGUGAUGGCCUUGCUCUUCUUGCCAAGUACAUGAAGGUGGCACCUUAUCUGAUCCCUUCGCCGAUCCAUGAAGCUGCGACGUCCAAAGUGAUCUGGCACCCUGAUCUUCAUCUGGACAAUGUCUUUGUAGAUCCAGAUACAUAUGAGAUUACCUGCAUUGUGGACUGGCAAUCUGCAUGUGUUGCUCCUCUAUUCUAUCAGUCAGGCGUUCCGAGGAUGUUUCGACAUCCUGGGCCUGUUCGAGAGGGUUGGGUUGUACCAGAACGGCCUGAACAUUUCGACACCCUCAGUGAAGACGAGAAAAGGACAGUUGAUAAUGAUUUGGAAAGUGAGACCAUACAUAAAUAUUAUGAGGCUCAGGUUUGCAAACGGGCACCUUCUCACUGGAGUGUACUUCACGGAUCAUCGAUUCCAAUACUCAGGAAACCUGUAUGGCUUGUAAGUGGCGUGUGGCAAAAUCGAGACCUCUUCUUCCUGCGUCAGUCACUUCUAUCCCUCGCUACUCAUUGGCAUGAAAUUUUUGCAGAGGAUCAAUUACCCUGUCCGAUCGAGUUCACAGACGAGGAAAUCAACCUUCACUCUAAAGAGGAAAAUAAUAUUGAUGGGGUUGGACGCAUACUUGCAUUGUUUCGUGACCAGGGUGUGUUACCAAUCGAUGGAAUGGUGGACCCAGAAGACUACGAAAUUACCAGCCAAAAUAGUCGCAAAUUCAAGGACAUAUUUAUUGGGUUGGCUAAAGAUGAAGCCGAGAGGGAGUUAUAUACAAAGCUCUGGCCCUACCAAAUGCCAAGUUAUGCUUCAAAUCCAAGCUCACUACGAACACUUUCCGACCCGACCAAGUCCGUCACAACCCGAUCAGGUGUGAGGCUACCAGUGCUUUCACUAGCCACGAGGUGGCUAUUUGCCCCGCACCCAACAUUUUAUCACCACCCAAAAUUUCAGUCCUCGUCAUCACUCGAGGAAGACACCGCUAUCGAAUUGACUAUGCAAAGCGACGAAGGUUUUGUUAUUGUUCCGGGCGAUGAGCCGUCAGAUGACCUAAUUCAGGCCGUCACAGAGGAAGUUUCUCAUAAUGAACACUCGUCGCCGAAGGGUUGCGGUCCGAAAUGCCACGAGUUGAUGGGCUAUGGGGUGAAAUUACCGGAAGAAGCCUGGUUCCAAACAUACUUAGGCUGCUCAUAUUCCUCUGCUCGAAAGAUCGGCGACACGAGAGUCAUGACAUUCAAUAAGAAUCGCAUUGGGCGUUUUGUACCCGGACCGCCUGGGACAGUUUUGGUAUAUAGAGCAGCUACUCGCGCUGGCCUUUAUCCUGAGAAUGGCUUUUUCAAAAUAGUCCCUCGAUCUCACCGGAUGACGGCCGGGGAAAUAAAGCGAGCCGAAUCAAAGACGCUCAAACUUCGCCCAAGGGAUGUGUUGUUCUUUGUAGCCAACCUGACGAUAGAAUAUGUGACAUCCGGGGAAGGUAUCGCUCUUUGCGAGGCUGUAUCAUCGUCUCUCAAAUCCGAAUAA